AUGAACACUGAUUUUAUCUUAUUCGAGCUGAAUAAAGCAAAAAUCAAAUCAUUAUUUAAUAAGCACAAAGGAUCGGAUGGAAAAAUAUCACUUUUAGAGCUACAAAAGCUCUGCAAAAUUCUAUCUCCUCCUCCCGCUUCAAAUUGGAACAAAAUAACGGUAAAAUUUCAAUAUUUUGGGCACCUUAACCCCUUUAAAUUGGAAUAAACUUAUUCAAUAUGAAAUUUUUAUUUACCGAAUUUAAUGGAAAAUGUACGGUAGAAUAUUAUAAACAAUUCAUUAAUUCUUUAUAAAAAUUUAAAUUUCAAAAUAUUUCAUCCAAUAUAUAUUUUAGUUUUAAUAAACUUAACUUACCUUUAAAUUGGAACCGUUUUUUUGUCCCAAUUUAAAGUCAUUAGGAGAGUAAGAAUCUCUCCUGUAGUAUCUAAUUAGGAUUUAAUAUCUCAACCAGACCUCAGAACAUUAGCUACAAAAUCUGUUGGAACAGCCUCACUGUCAAAGGCUUCGUUGGAUUUUAAUCAAUUUGAAGAAAUUCUUAUUAAAAUUGCAUCUCAUCAUUUUCAGGACACUGCCCAACUGAGAGAACGCAUAAAGAAAUUUUUUAUCCAUAUUUCAUAUCCUUGCAAAAGUACCCAUAACUUAAAUAUGACGUCUCCAUGCUUGUGGACUCCAUUCGUCCCAUUAUCUUCAGAGACAAUCGAGGGAUUGGUUUUACCUACUCAUGCUGACGAAAGAACCCUUAAAUUGAUAAAUCCACCAAAUAGUGAAGAUUGCCAAUUUAGGGGGUUGUUAAAGCCUGCUCCCCAUCAUAUCGGGAGACUUCAGGACAAAGUAGUCCAUAAGUGCGAAGAUGCUAUAUAAUAUCCACUGACCAAACACAUAAGCCCAGAGUAAGUACACUAAAGCUAAGCACUAUCUCUUUACUUAAUAGCCCACAACAAGACACUGAAGGAGAUCACAAUACUGAGUUGGAUUUAAAUAUAAAAGAAGCUUUGGAAACCUUGAAGCAAAAAGGCAAUACUGAGAGAUACUGCAGCUCAUCUCCAAGACGAGAAAGCUCUCCUGUGCCUCCAGCGAAAUCAAGAAAUUCAAGUGCAAAUCCUAUUUUAAGAGAAGUAAAUCAAACAAGAUUAUCCAAAAAUGCUACAAAAAUCGUGGAGAAAAAAUCAAAAAUAAAUUUAUCACGAUCAAACACUAUGCCUGUUCCUGAAAAUAAAUCACCACCUAAAUAUAAGAUAGAUGAAGUAAAUAAUAGAAUAUUAGCUGAAAAAGUAGAAUUAUCGGAUUUUUUGGAGACUGAAAGACUUGUCACAAAUGAAAUUAUGAGUGUUGCCAUCAAUUUAAAAGAUAUAAAAAGCUCACAAAUUAAAAAUAAUAAAGGCCAUAUAGGUAAAGGAAGGCAUAGUAGUCGAAAAGCAAAGCGAUCAAUCACUAUAUGCUUGGCUGAGGAAAAUGGCUCAGCUAAUGAAAGGCGAGAUAGUUUACAAAAAGUUGAUAAUUUAUUAUCAAAAACUGCAAAAAAUGGUAAUGAGUUAAUUUGAAAUGAUUCUAAAGCUUUAACAGAUCUUAAGGAAAAGGAAAGUAAUAAAUCAGAAGGGAAAGCAAUGAGUGUGCAAGAAGAGAGAGAAACAGAUCUUCUUUUAAAAGAGCAGACAAAAGGUGUAGAAGCUGGCUCAAAAAUGGAAAUAAAAGAAUGCCAGAUAUUAAAAAAUAAUGAAAAGCAAUCUAAAUCAAAUAAUGAUAAAUCAGAAGAAAAGGAAAUAAAAAUAGAUAUAAAAACAGAAAUAAACAAUAAUGCAAGCACAAAUAGUUCAACAGUUAAAUCUAUAAAUACUGAACAUUUGCAAAAAGAAGGAAAAUUUGAAGAAACAAUAUCGUUAGCACUAUCUGAUAUCAAAAUUGAAAAAUCAAUUGAUACACAGAUAGCAAAAUCUUCAAUAGAGAUCAUAAGAUCUUCGCCUUUACCUGUCCCAGCAUCUAUGAAAAUACCCCUUUCUCAAAACCCUAAACCGGUUAGAGUAGUUAAAAAAUUAACUCUCAAUCCCUCAGACUUCGAUUCUACUAGCUCCAAAAAUGAUCCUGCUCAACCUUCAAUUCUCCAAAUAAAAGAAGUCUUUGAAAAAUUCAAAUUUCAGCAUCAAAACCCAACCCCCAUUAAAUCUUCCUCUAAUCUUUCCCAUUCUACAAUAGAAAAAUAUCAAAAAACUAUAUUUUCUUGUAGAUCACGCAUGUUUUCCAAAUCCAUUGUCCUCAGUCUCUUAUUCCGAGCCUGAAAAAUUGAAGCAGCAAAAAGCAAGCUCAAGCUUAAAAUGAAAUAA